CCCCAAGGAGCCGAGGGCUGAAGUGAAGAAGCAAAAUGGUGGCCUCGCCUCUCGCUGUCCUGCGAACAAGCAGGUUGUGCCAAUGGGGCUGGAAGAGCCGGGCGCGGUUGUCAGGGUCUCUGCCCUUCGGUCGGGGAGGAUGGACCACUUGGGCCCCUGCGCGGACAAAUGCGACGCUGAGCCUGGAGCCCGCGGGCCGCAGCUGUUGGGACGAGCCGCUGGGUAUCUCCGUGCACGGCCUGGCCCCCGAGCAGCCCGUCACGCUGCGCGCGGCCCUGCGAGACGAGAAAGGCGCGCUCUUCCGCGCCCACGCGCGCUACCGCGCCGACGACCACGGCGGCCUGGACCUGGCGCGCGCGCCCGCGCUGGGCGGCAGCUUCGCCGGGAUCGAGCCCAUGGGGCUGCUCUGGGCUCUGGAGCCCGAACGGCCAUUCUGGCGCCUGAUCAAGCGCGACGUGCAGACGCCCUUCGUGGUGGAGCUGGAGGUGCUGGACGGCCACGAGCCCGACGGCGGGCGGCUGCUGGCGCGCGCGGUGCACGAGCGUCACUUCAUGGCUCCCGGGGUGCGGCGCGUGCCCGUGCGCGAGGGCCGUGUGCGCGCCACGCUCUUCCUGCCUCCAGAACCUGGGCCCUAUCCUGGGAUCCUGGACCUUUUUGGAGUUGGAGGUGGCCUUCUGGAGUACCGAGCUAGUCUGCUGGCUGGGAAGGGCUUUGCUGUCAUGGCUCUGGCUUAUUAUAACUACGAUGACCUCCCCAAGGGCAUGGACACCAUGCGCAUGGAGUACUUUGAAGAAGCAGUGAACUACCUGCUCAGCCACCCUGAGGUCCAGGAAUUGGGCUGCUUGGGAUUUCCAAAGGGGGUGAACUUGGCCUUGCUAUGGCCUCCUUCCUGAAGGGCAUCAAAGCUGCUGUCAUCAUCAAUGGCUCUGUGGCUGCUGUUGGGAACACCAUACACUACAAGGAUGAGACUAUACCCCCUGUGACUAUCCUGAGAAAUCGAGUCAGAAUGACCAAAGACGGCCUUAAGGAUGUUGUGGAUGCUCUGCAAAGCCCUUUGGUGGAAGAGAAGAGCUUCAUCCCCGUGGAAAGGUCUGACACGGCCUUCCUGUUGCUUGUAGGUCAGGAUGACCACAACUGGAAGAGUGAGUUCUAUGCCAAUGAGAUCUCCAAACGCUUAGAGGCCCAUGGGAAGGAGAAGCCCCAGAUCAUCUGCUACCCAGAAGCAGGGCACUAUAUUGAGCCCCCUUACUUCCCACUGUGCAAGGCUGGCAUGCACCUCCUGGUGGGUGCUAAUAUCACCUUUGGAGGGGAGCCUAAGCCUCACGCUGUGGCCCAGGUGGAUGCAUGGCAGCAGCUCCAGACUUUCUUCCAUAAACACUUGGGUAGUAAGAAUUAGGGGGCAACUUCUAAAAUAUUACCCAUUAUCUAAUGGUUUUGGGGGGAAAAGGUUCAAAUACAUUGUAAGAAUAUCAGUUAAGAUUACUUCAGCUGAACAUAGUGUUUAUUCAAGGGCUGGAAAAGUGGUUCAGUGGCACAGUACCCAACUGGCUUGUGUAAGUCCCUGGGUUCAAUCCCAAGUGCUGCAGAAAACAGGCAAAUGUUGUAUGGAACCUGUGCCUAUUCAAGAAAUAGUGCCCAGAAUAAAAAGGAUGCCAUGAGUUGCCACACUGUUGUGUCAUUAAAAAUUAUGCCCUUCAGUUCUUGGGCCAGUGUUGCUAUUGUCAUCUUACUUCUAAGAAGUGGCUUUGGGGUGACUUGGGGGCCUUUUUAGAUGCUUGACACAUUAUAGGCAGCAGUGAAAAGAAGGGUUUGGCUGCACACAUAUCCAACAAGAACAGCUGUUGUUUUAAACAAAAUCUCAAUCGUUCAAUUUUUACCAAUAAAGACUUGGGAGCCACAUGCUGGGGUGAAACUCUGCUAGCUCAGAGAGGCAGAGAAAGCACCCAGCUGACCUUCCUCCGAUGCCCUCAUCCCAGAAAGAGGCCUUUCCUAUUCAGACUCAAACAAAACUCCCCUAACGAUGUGUACCCCCUUCUUCCUGUUCAUCUCUCUCUUUCUCUCUCUGACCUCCUGUCUCCUUCUUACUCUCAAUGGUAUUUUCCUGUCAACUGAUUGCUUGUUCUGUCCCUUGACAUAUAGCUGUUUUGUAACAUGAAAAAUAAAUGAACCAGAGACUAA